UAUCAACACUAGCGCUGCUCAAGAACCAAAUUUGUUUACGCAUAUUACAAUUGAAUGCUGCAUUAAAAAUGGAUUUUCAACGGAGCGAUGCUAUCCUUAUGGAAAUAUUGGAGGAGCGCAAGACAAUCACCGGGUUUUUAGACACUGUAUUUGGUUUCUUGAGACGCAACACCGACUUUUAUCAUACCAAAAAGGAUGCGUCAGACAAAAUCGGGUUUCCCAAAGGAAUGAGGGAUCAAAUUUUAUAUGGCGCAAUGCAGCGCUAUGACCCUGAGUGUUGGCUACAAGCUAUGAGCGCUGAAAGCAAUAUUGAUGAUACUGGGGAGAAUGUGCCGCCUGCUACACAGGAAAUCUGUGUAGAGACUUCAGAACAAAUGCCAAAAAGCCAGCUAACAAGGCCAAGUGUGAACGUGAGCGACUCAAGUCGUGCGUUUGAAAUUGGUGACUUUAAGAAUGGCGCCGUCUUUGAGCAUCAUUGCUGGUCUCAGACACUAAAGGAUUUGGAGGUGCAAGUUCAGCUCCCACCUGCUCUAAAAACUGCCAAACAACUGACCAUCGACAUCAAAGCACAGCAAAUCAAGGUCAGCAGUAAAACUACACCGGUACAGGUAAUCCUAGAAGGCACACUUAGUCAGCGCAUCAGACAGAAUGAAGCCAUGUGGUCCAUAGAAGAUGGCAGGUUGCUGAUCUGCUGUGACAAAGUAAAGGAGCGAUGGUGGGAGCGGCUCUUUGAGGGUGACAAUGAGAUCGAUAUAAAAAAACUGGACUGCGAGCGAUAUAUAGAUGAACUGCCGCAAGACUCUCAAGUGGCUAUUGAAAAACUGCGUGUGCAACAGAUGGAAUCGGAUCAGAAACAGAAUCACUUGCGUACUACAGAUCCGGAGCAGGCCAAAACGUUAGAACGCUUGCGUACUGCGUGGGAUGCUGAAGGCUCCCCGUUUAAAGGACAACCCUUUGAUUCGUCGGUGGUGCGAAUGAGUUAGUUGUUU